AUGCCAACUAGACUGCAGGUUGGUUAUGUGGACAACACAGGGAAUCCAAUUCUAGUAUCAGAUCAGAAUAUAUCAACCACAUCAUCAUCAAUCACAACAAAUCAGAGCAGCCAUUAUGUUCGUACAUGUGGAGGUAAACUUGCUAUGCCAAUUGUACCUGCAAGAGUGUGGCGUCCAGGCUCUGAUGUCUACAUUGACACUUAUGCUAUGCUUGAUCCUGAACCGAAUGUCUGUGGAACAACAGCAGUGUCUUUGACUGUUUCCAGUGUGAACGAGGUUAGUGACUUACAAUACAACAUAGAAGCAACUGUGAGACCAAGUCUGAAUAUAGAUCUCACAGGUAGAUCAACACAAAUGGAUGUUGUGCAGUGGCCGCACCUUAGAGAUUUGGAUAUACCAGAAGUGAAGGCAGACCAAGUGCACUUACUGAUUGGCCAAGACUCUUCAGACUUGUUGCUGCCAACGAUGUCAAAAGAGGCAAGUGUACCAUUGGAAGGUGAUAUGAAGAGACUAUGGGAGAUAGAGGAUGCUUUGCAGAAGAGAAGGGCUGGUCAGUUAGUGACCAGAAAGCAGUUGACACAUGGAACAGUACACUCCAGUGUGGUAUCUGCCGCACACCCUGUGUUGAAUCCAAAGAAACCAGAAAAGUGUCGCAUUGUUUUUGACUGUGCUGCCAAGUAUGGUGGCUCUUCACUCAAUGAUCAUGUGCAUCAGGGACCAGAUUUGACCAAUGGACUUGUUGGUGUUCUGUUGAGAUUCCGACAAGGAGCAGUGGGAUUUAUGGCCGAUAUAGAGUCCAUGUUUCAUCAAGUGCGUGUUACCCCUGAAGACAGAGACUCGCUUCGCUUUCUGUGGUUUGAGAACAACAACACAUCACAACCCCUACAGACCUUACGAAUGACAGCUCAUAUCUUUGGAGGAGUAUGGAGCCCGAGCUGUGCAAAUUAUGCCCUUCAAAAGGUAGUUGAAGAGUAUCGCAACAUGUAUUCAGAAGUACUGAACACAGUUCUUCGCAACUUUUAUGUGGACGACUGCCUGAAGUCUGCAAAUAGUGUUGAGUCUGCUAUAGUUUUAGCAAAGCAAGUUAAAGAGCUUCUGAAUAGAAGGGGAUUUCAUCUUACUAAAUAUAUUUCUUCAUCACCAGAACUGCUGAAGCAUAUACCAAAGGAGGACCGAGGAAAAUCUUUGAUAUCUCUGCAGUUGAAUUUGGAGGAUCAAUCCACGGAGAGAGCUCUAGGUAUGCUGUGGCAUGUGAAUACUGAUUACUUAGGAUUUGAUGUACAAGUGAUGCAUAACAGAACCCAAACCAAAAGGAAUGUGCUCAGUACACUUAGCACUGUGUUUGACCCUCUAGGCUAUUUUAACUAUAAAAAAGGCUCAACUUCAUCAUUUUCAGAUGCUUCUGAAUAUGGGUAUGGUGUUGCAUCAUACUUGAGAGUAACACUUGAGGAUAACUCUGUAUAUAUUAACUUGAUUAUGGCUAAGUCACGUCUCGCACCCCUGAAAGGUUCUACAAUCCCAAGACUAGAACUAGCUGGAGCUCUAGAAGCUGUAAGGCUUGAUAAAAUUCUAACUAAAGAAUUGGAGAUACCUCUAGAAAUAUCAGUAUACUGGGUGGAUAGUCAAAUAGUACUAUGGUACUUGAACAGCUCAGAUAAACGUUUCCAAACAUAUGUAGCCAACAGAGUAGGUAAAAUUCUUGAUCACACUGAAGUCAGUCAGUGGAGGUAUGUACCUUCUGAAGAAAAUCCUGGAGAUGAUGCAUCUCGUGGAAUGUCUGCAUCAGAUUUGCUGAGGAAUGAUAGGUGGGUUCAUGGUCCAAAUUUCUUACAGUGUGAAGAACAUAAAUGGCCUGUGCAACCACUGUUUAGAUGUUCAGAAUUGGAAGAAUUCUUAGAACUGAAGGCAAGUCCAGUGGUUUGCAGUAUAAAAAGUAAUGCUGAUCAUACUUGUAAGUUACUAAACUACUACUCAUCGUGGUUUAAAAUGAAGAAAGCUGUGGCGUGGUACAUUAGACUUAAACAUUUCUUAAAAAGGAAACCAAGGUUGGGACCUAUAACAGUAAAAGAGUUCAAGGAAGCAGAGAGAAAUAUUAUUUUGUAUGUACAGAAGACUCUCCCAAAGGAACCUUUACAGUUAAAGAAGCUAAAUCCAAUCAAAGGAGAUGAUGAUUUGCUGAGAGUGGGAGGCAGAUUAACAAAUUCUCAACUUGAAGAAGAUGCAAAACACCCAGUGAUUCUUCCACAUGCCCACCAUAUUUCAAGAUUGAUUGUUGAAAGCUGUCACUUAAAUACUGGACAUGCUGGAGUGGAACGUGUAUUAGCUGAAAUCAGGAGAAAGUUCUGGAUUUUAAAAGGAAGGAAGUUAGUGAAAAGUGUAGUGUAUUCCUGUGUGACUUGCAAAAAGAUGUUUGGUAAGACAGUACACCAGCAAAUGGCAAACCUUCCUGAAUCUUGUGUUAUAGCUUAUGAACCACCAUUCAAUAGUUUCAUUCAUGCGUUAGAAAGAUUUAUAGCAAGGAGAGGAGAACCUAAAGAAAUCUGGUCAGAUAAUGGCACAAACUUUGUUGGAGCACCUCAAGAAUUGAAGAAAGCUAUCCAGGAAUGGAAUCAAGACCAGAUUCAUGCUCAUUUAUUGAAAAAAGAAAUAGACUGGAAGUUCAAUCCACCAGCUGCAUCACACAUGGGUGGAGUGUGGGAACGACAAAUACGGACCAUUCGAAGAGUGCUGUCAAGUAUGAUCAUACAGCAGGUGCUAGAUGAUGAAGCCAUAAUAACGUUAAUGACUGUAAUGGAAGGUAUCAUAAACAACCGACCCAUCACGAAGCUGUCCGAGGACCCAAGAGAUGCUAGACCUCUAACACCGAACCACAUGCUGAUGCUGCGUUCAGGACCUUUAUUACCACCUGGACAGUUUGUUGAAAAGGAUCAAUAUAGAAGACGCUGGAAACAAGUCCAGUACCUGGCUGAUGUAUUUUGGCGUCGAUGGAUUAAAGAAUAUCUUCCUGGACUUCAAGAACGCCAAAUAUGGAUGAAACCUCAGAGAAAUUUAGAAAAUGGAGAUCUAGUUCUUAUCAAACAAGAUUGUGUUCCUCGUAAUCAGUGGCCCUUAGGAUUAGUAGUGGGUGUUCAUAAAGGAACAGAUAAUUUAGUACGUUCUGUUGAUGUAAGAACAGGAACUGGUACUUAUGAGAGACCGGUAACAAGGAUUUGUUUCUUGGAAAACAAGCUUGGUGUUACAUGA